UCAGUUCCAGUCCACCACUAACUGAUUAAUGAACUGAAUGUGUAUCUGUUGUUCCCCUCCUGACCUCCAGGUGGCGGCGUUCUUUCAUUUUAAACUUUAAUCUGAAAAACCCUGACUUGGAGGAAACCGGAAGUCUCGUUGUUUCACUGUGAUCUCGGGCUGGCGGCGGGAUAGUUGUGUUGUUUAUUAGUGAGUUUUAAACAUAGACAGUAUAAGAACGGUUUUAAGAAGACAGAGCUCCAGGUAAACCCGCACACACUCACUCAGAAUCCAGAGUGAGUCCAGCAGCCCCAGUGGACAUCUGCUGGAUUUCAGGACAAGAGAGGAAUGGAGGAGGACAACCAGAACCAGGAGCAUCGGAGCAACAAGGUCCCCAGAAGACCAGCAGCAGACUGGGACUCUGAUACCAGCCAUGUUCAGGCACCCUCAGCAGACGUCAAGCUGGCGACCGUAGCAGGAAAGAAGGGCAUAAAGGCUGAGGAGGAGGAGCAGACUGCAGCACCUCCUGCAGCUGCAGCAGCAGCCGUGAAGGAGGAGGAAGAGGAAGAGGAGGAGCAGCCUGUAGCACCUCCUGCAGCUGCAGCAGCAGCCGUGAAGGAGGAGAAAGAGGAGGAGUAUGUAGUGGAGAAGGUGUUGGACCGCAGAGUGGUGAAGGGAAGAGUAGAGUUUCUGCUGAAAUGGAAGGGGUUCUCAGAUGAUGAUAAGACAUGGGAGCCGCAAGACAACCUGGACGUCGACCUUAUCACUGAGUACAUGCAGAAACACAAGGAGAAGAACGAGAAGAAGAAGGGCAAGAGGAAAGUGGAGAAGAACGAGAAGAAGAAAGGCAAGAGGAAAGUUGUCAGUGAGGCCUCGGGAGACUCAGAGGAGCGAGGGAGCAAGAGGAAGAAGGAGGAGGUGAGCAUAGGAAAGAGGUUACCCCAGACUGAAGAUUCCCAAAAAUCUAAUCUCAAUAUUAAUGAAUAUUAAAACAGCGCAAAAAAGGAGGAAUGUAAAUGAU